GUGAGCGUGUCUAGGGCGGUGCGCCAAUCUCAACGUCUUGCAACCUGCGAUCGUUCUCGUGAAUUAAGGUGCAUCAUCCCAUAUAGUGCGGAGAGUGUGAUCUAUCUCCGGACCACCCAUCAUACAAAAUCUCAAUAGUAUCACCGCCCCACCGACAUGGGUCUUGUUGGAAUCGACAACCAGACCGCCUACCGACCGGAAGCACUGAUUGGCGCGGAUCAGUCAGGCCUUCGAUACCUUGGCUGGAACGUACCACCGGAGGAGCUGGUGCACAUUCCAGAGCACUGGCUCCAGUAUCCUGAACCGGAAGCAUCCCUCCACUACCUGCUUGGAUUGCUCUACAUUGCCUUUUUUAUCUUCGCAAUGAUCGGCAAUGGCCUGGUUAUCUGGAUUUUCAUUUCUGCUAAAUCGCUUCGGACACCGUCGAAUGUUUUCGUCAUCAACCUUGCACUGUGCGAUUUCUUCAUGAUGGCCAAGACGCCGAUCUUCAUCUAUAAUUCGUUCACUAAAGGCUUCACCCUGGGCAACAUGGGUUGCCAAAUUUUUGCUUUCGUUGGAUCCCUUACAGGAAUCGGUGCUGGUGCCACAAACGCGCUGAUCGCCUAUGAUCGAUACAACACCAUUACCCGUCCGUUCGAAGGAAGGCUUACCCACACGAAAGCCAUUAUCUUCGUCUGCCUGGUCUGGGCAUACACCAUUCCGUGGGCUGUUCUGCCAUUGCUGCAAAUUUGGGGACGUUUCGUGCCUGAGGGUUUCCUUACUGCUUGCUCAUUCGAUUACCUGUCCGGCACGUUCGACACUCGAUUAUUCGUGGGAUCGAUUUUCACCUUCAGCUAUGUACUACCGAUGAGUCUCAUCAUUUACUACUAUAGCCAAAUUGUAAGCCACGUGGUCAACCAUGAGAAAUCGUUGCGUGAGCAAGCAAAGAAGAUGAACGUGGAAUCGCUACGAUCGAAUCAAGCCAAAAAUGAUUCCUCCGUGGAAAUCCGAAUUGCUAAGGCGGCCAUCACCGUAUGCUUCCUUUUCGUAGCUUCCUGGACACCAUAUGCUGUGUUGGCUCUGAUUGGAGCAUUCGGCGAUAAAAGCCUACUCACUCCAGGGGUCACUAUGUUCCCAGCAUGCGCCUGCAAGUUUGUGGCUUGCUUAGAUCCCUACGUGUAUGCCAUCAGCCACCCAAGAUACCGUAUCGAGCUCCAGAAACGCCUGCCGUGGUUGGCCAUCACGGAAUCACUCCCCAGUGACAAUGCUACGACUUGCACCGAGCAGGAAGCACAGCCUACGACGCAAACCUAAACUUAAUGCCUAGCUCCUAACGUAUACCUCGGAGUAGUUUCUAGCAGGCACCGUUAUUCAUAAACACGAUACCAACAAAAGCCACGUAUAAUGGACCCGAGCAAGGAAACAUCUACUUAGAAUAAAUUCUAAUUAUUUAGUU